AUGUCAAUUGGUUCCAGACAAGGAUCAUCAAAUAUUUUAAAUACAGAUGAAAAUAAUUCAUCACCAGUAGUUAUUGAAAAUCAAAAUGAAAAUAAUUCAUCAACAACACCGGUUGAAAAUACAGAUGAAAAUAAUUCAUCACCAGUAGUUAUUGAAAAUCAAAAUGAUGAUAAUUCAUCAAUAACAACCAUGGAAAAUAAAGAUGAAUAUAUUUCAUCAGAAAUACCUAUUGAAAAUAAAGAUGAAAAUCAAUUAAAUACAGAAAUAAAUGAUACAAAUAGUCGAACAAGUUCAUUGAAAAUUACUCGAUCACAAUCACAUUCAUCAAAAACUUCUGAACGAAAUGAAUCGUCUAAAAUGACGAAUAUAAUUAUAAGUGAAAGACCACUUUCACCAAUUAUUCGUCAUCGAAUAAUUAAACAUGAAAAAUUAAAUUCAACAAAUCAACAACGUACUCGAUCAAAUUCAUCACGUAAAACAUUUUCAUAUCUUACACCUGAUCGUUUUAAUUUACGUUAUUGGAAACAACAACGUCGUCAAUUGGCUAAACAAGAAGAAGAUGAUCGAAUUUAUCAUGAAAAUAGACAAAAACUAGAGCGUUUAGCUCGAAUAGCUAAAGAACCAAGUACAUAUCCAUCAAUACAUAUUGAACAAGAACGUUUACGAGAACGACAUGUUAUUGAUUAUCGUCGAAAAGUUUUAAAAAGUCAUAUACCUAUAUUACGAGAAAAUUUAUCUAUUGUCAAUCGUCUUGCUAAUGUUAAAGGUGUUUAUGAUGUUAAAAAAAUGAAUGAAGAUUAUACUCGUCAUACAUUAAUUCUUAAACAAGAUGCUGCUAAUAGACAAAAAGCACGAGAAACAGCAGAACAAAGACCUUUUAUUUUACCAAAAAUUAACGUUAAAUCAUAA